CGGCGGGGGAAGAUGGCGGAUGACAAGGACUCGUUGCCGAAACUGAAGGACCUGGCCUUCCUGAAGAAUCAGCUGGAACAGCUUCAGAGGCGGGUAGAGGACGAGGUCCAGACGGGUGUGGGACAGGAUGGCUCGUUCCUGGGCUCGCCGUUCCUCAAGGGCUUCCUGGCCGGCUACCUCAUAGCCAAGCUUCGGGCGUCGGCAGUGCUGGGCUUCGCCCUGGGGGCCUGCACGGGGAUCUACGCGGCCCAGUCGUACGCCAUCCCCAAUGUGGAGAAGACCCUGCGGGACUACGUGCGGGCUCUGCGCAAAGGGCCCGACUAGCCCGCCCCCCCUCCGGUGGGGGGCUUCUGUGUUGUGACCCCCACCCCGGCCCAGAGCACCCCCUUCCCUCUCCCACCCGGGCCCGGACUGCAGCCCCCCGGGCCGCCCGCCUCCCCAGGCGGCCCCCCCAGCCAUGCCGCCUCUGCCCUCUCCCUUGGCGGCCGGCUCCGUCACGUGACCCAGAAACGCUCCCGCGGUCCCGUGGGGCCCCACGGUGAGCCUGGAAGUGGGGAGACCCCAGGGCGGACUCGCUGGGCCCUCACGC